AUGUCUCAAGUACAGACGUAUUCAGGGGAAGAAGCCCCACAACAGACAACAGAUUAUCUCGCUCGCACGCCUUCUACUUCCGGGUCAAACACCAGUACAUCGAACGGCAAUGGACAGAAACCAGGGCCACGGUUUCCUCAAGCGAUCGCGCAUCGUGGGUACAAAGCCAUGUUCCCGGAAAACUCCAUGGGAGCUUUCCAAGGAGCUGUGGACAUUGGUGCGCAUGCGAUCGAGACAGAUUUACACUUGACAAAAGAUGGGAUUGUUGUGCUUGUACAUGAUCCGUCCCUUAAACGGUGUUUUGGCGUAGACAAAAAGGUCUCCGAAUGUGACUGGAGCUACUUGAGUACGCUGAAGACACUCAGGGAGCCACAGCAAUCCAUCCCGAGGUUGCAAGAUCUGCUUGAGUAUCUAGGGCAACCUGGGCUAGAAUCGGUAUGGGUGUUGUUGGAUAUCAAAAUCGACGAUGACCCGGACGUCUUACUGAGCACAACGGCCAAAACUAUCGAAGUUGUGCCAACGACACGAGCCUGGAACGAGAGAGUAGUCCUCGGUUGCUGGAAUGAAAACUACAUCAACGUGGCCAAAACCUACUUCCCCUCCUACCGCUUCGCCUACAUCGGCUUCUCCCUCCCUUACGCCUCCCGCUUCCUCUCCGAAGUCCACUCCGAUGUGGACUUCAACCUCAUGCAGCACAUGCUCGUCGGUCCCAUCGGCGCCCGUUUCAUCAGCAAGAUCCGCAAGGCGCAACGGAAGCUCUAUAUCUGGACCGUCAACGAGGAGCGAUGGAUGGAAUGGGGCAUUCGUAAGGGCGUGGACGGAGUCAUUACUGAUGACCCGAAGCUGUUCUUGGAGGUUUGCGAGAGGUGGUCAGAGAAGGAGGAAGAGCAAGUAGGGUCAGGGUCGAAGAGAGGAGGACAGUUGAAGAACUUCAAGAUGCACGUGAAUGCGUUCUUGCUGCAGAUCUUGGCGGUGGUGUUUAUUUGGGCCUAUUGGCCGAGGUUGUCGACGAAAGGGAAGAAGAAACAGGGUAAGGAAGGGCCUACGACAGUGGUAUGA